CAAGCAGGGCUGGGAGACACGAGAUCCUGGCCUGGACCUGAAAUGGGCACAAGGUUCUUCUUCUCUGUGGCCCUUUGUCUCCUGUGGACAGGACACAUGGAUGCUGGAAUCACCCAGAGCCCAAGACACAAGAUCACAGAGACAGGAACACCAGUGACUCUGAGAUGUCAUCAGACUGAGAACCACCGCUAUAUGUACUGGUAUCGACAAGACCUGGGGCGUGGGCUGAGGCUGAUCCAUUACUCAUAUGGUGUUGAAGACACUGACAAAGUAGAAGUCUCAGAUGGCUACAGUGUCUCUAGAUCAAAGACAGAGGAUUUCCUCCUCACUCUGGAGUCCGCUACCCGCUCCCAGACAUCUGUGUACUUUUGUGCCAGCAGUGAAUCCACAGUGCUGCAUGGCUGCCUCCUCUCUGCACGACAGCGACGUCCCACUUCCUCUGCUCCUGCUCACAGUGACCCCGAUCUGGCAAAGCUCCCAUCCUACCCUGAUCCUGCCAUGGGCACCAGGCUCCUCUACUGGGCGGCCCUCUGUCUCCUGGGGGCAGAACUCACAGAAGCUGGAGUAACCCAGUCUCCGAGAUAUAAGAUCACAGAGAAAAAACAGCCUGUGGCUUUUUGGUGCAAUCCUAUUUCUGGCCACAAUACCCUUUACUGGUACCGGCAGAACUCGGGACAGGGCCCGGAGCUUCUGGUUCGAUAUGAAAAUGAGGAAGCAGUAGAUGAUUCACAGUUGCCUAAGGAUCGAUUUUCUGCAGAGAGGCUCAAAGGAGUAGACUCCACUCUCAGGAUCCAGCCUGCAGAGCUUGGGGACUCGGCCGUGUAUCUCUGUGCCAGCAGCUUAGCCACAGCGGUGCAGAGACACUUCCCUCCUGUGCACAAAACUGCAGGGCUCUCUCCUCUCUAUCAGCUCACAGCGGCCUUUCCUUAUUCCUCAUCCUCCCAGGGAAGAAGUGAGUUUUCAGAUAUAGCUAGGAUUCAUAUAGUGGGAGGAAAUGAACUCUUUCUUAAAACAUGA